AUGCGAAACGCAGCAAAAACACGACGAGACGAGCUGAAACGCCGACUGAACGCCCAUCGGCCUCCCGUCCAAUCGAUCUCGGAUCCCCAGGGCGCUCCCGAGACUCCUUCGAGAACGCAUGCUUCGGCUCUCCAGCCUGUCCAGGCACCCUGGGACGGGCCAAACUGGAUCCCAACACGAACCGCUCGAUCCCUGCCUGCAAGGCCGGAGCAAGACACGAAUAAAGACGACGAAAAGGAAGACGAAAAUGAAGGAGAGUUAGGAUGGUGGAAGAGGUCGGGCUUCGCGGGUGCGCCCAGUCAGGAUGAUUAUCGCAAGGUCAUCGGGCAGACAGGAACAGGGCUGUGCAGCCAGACCAGACCAGACAGUGUCUCUCCCUCUCUCUCAGCUCUCAGCCAGCCCGGCGCCCUCCAACGAACGAACAGGAACAGCAGCAAAGGAAGUGUCAGCGAGAAGGCCUAG